AUGUACACCUAUACCGGAUUUCGCAUCAGAGCCUGUGGACAGUGGAGUAUGGAGCCUGAUCUAGGGUGUUUCAAGAAUUUCUCUGCCAAAUCAAUACCUCCCGGUCCCCUCUACUUUUCAAACGUCCGGCGUGCCGAACCCGAGUAUGCCAUGCCUCACUGUUCGAGCUUAUGUACUUGGGGUACUUCUUGUGAAGGUCUUGAUUGA